AUGUGUGUGUAUGAAUCUGAAAUCCACCAUCGCCUCUUUCCUCCUCUCUAUCUACUCCGAUUACUUAACUUCCACCCACCGCCUCAGGUGGAUUACGUUCUCGGAGAUAACCCUAGAAGGGCGGCUGCAUUAGGUUUUUGCAAACGAUGUCGUCGGAGAAGGAGGGAGAGGAACCUCCGUAAAGAGAAAAGGUUUCUCUGGCUUCACCUUCGCCGCCUUCGACGAGUCACAUAUGGAGUGUAUGUGUCUGCUCAGAGAUCUGAAGAAGAAGCGAGACGCUGCAAACCUUAG